UCCUCAGAGCGGGGCAUGGCAUCGAACAGCAUCUUCGAUUCCUUCCCGACCUACUCGCCGACCUUCAUCCGCGACCCGAGCACCAGCCGCCGCUUCACACCUCCCUCCACGGCCUUCCCCUGCGGCGGCGGCGGCGGCGGCGGCAAGAUGGGCGAGAACAGCGGCGCGCUGGGCGCGCAGGCUGCCGUGGGGCCCGGCGGGCGCGCCCGACCCGAGGUGCGCUCGAUGGUGGACGUGCUGGCGGACCACGCGGGCGAACUCGUGCGCACCGACAGCCCCAACUUCCUCUGCUCCGUGCUGCCCUCGCACUGGCGCUGUAACAAGACGCUGCCCGUCGCCUUCAAGGUGGUGGCUCUGGGGGACGUGCCAGACGGAACGGUGGUGACAGUGAUGGCGGGCAACGAUGAGAAUUACUCCGCUGAGCUGCGCAACGCCUCGGCUGUCAUGAAGAACCAGGUGGCCAGGUUCAACGACCUUCGCUUCGUGGGCCGCAGCGGGCGAGGGAAGAGUUUCACACUGACCAUCACCGUGUUCACCAACCCCACGCAAGUGGCCACCUACCACAGAGCCAUCAAGGUGACCGUGGAUGGACCCCGGGAGCCCAGACGGCAUCGACAGAAGCUGGAGGACCAGACCAAGGCGUUCCCCGACCGCUUCGGGGACCUGGAGCGCCUGCGCAUGCGGGUGACGCCGAGCACGCCCAGCCCCCGAGGCUCGCUCAGCACCACCAGCCACUUCAGCAGCCAGGCCCAGACCCCCAUCCAAGGCGCCUCCGACCUGAACCCUUUCUCCGACCCCCGCCAGUUUGACCGCUCCUUCGCAGCGCUGCCGACCCUCCCGGAGAGCCGCUUCCCCGACCCCCGGAUGCAUUACCCAGGGGCCAUGUCGGCCGCCUUCCCCUACAGCGCCACCCCCUCGGGCACGAGCAUCAGCAGCCUCGGCGUGGCCAGCAUGCCGGCCACCGGCCGCUUCCACCACACCUACCUCCCACCGCCCUACCCGGGGGCCCCGCAGAACCAGAGCGGGCCCUUCCAGGCCAACCCUUCCCCCUACCACCUCUACUACGGCGCUUCCUCCGGCUCUUACCAGUUCUCCAUGGUGGCCGGCAGCAGCAGCGCUGGCGACCGCUCGCCCACCCGCAUGCUGGCCUCCUGCCCCAGCAGCGCCGCCUCUGUCGCCACCGGCAACCUCAUGAACCCCAGCCUGGGUGGCCAGAGCGACGGCGUGGAGGCCGAUGGCAGCCACAGCAACUCGCCUACCGCCCUGAGCACGCCCGGCCGCAUGGACGAGGCCGUGUGGCGGCCCUACUGACCGCCCGGGUCCAAGUGGACUGCUCCCGCUGGUGGCGGGGAGCCCAGGAACCUUCCAGACAAGUGGCGGGCCCAGCUCCAAGGCUCAGGGCACUC